UGCAGCGAGUAGGAAUAGGAGAGAGACGGAGGAGCCACAACAUCUGAAAGUUUUAAACCAAUGAUCGCGGUAGGUAAUGCGAAGCAAGACUGGGGGUUCCUCCAACAUGUGGAAGCAAAACAAAUUCCACAUCAUGGACUGCUUCAGACAGAGACAGAUUUAGGUUUUAUUGCUGAGGGAGGGCUUUCUCUGUCACGUUUUCAUUUGGGGAGGGUGGAAAUUUAAAAGACGAGAUAUGGGACCUUAAAAAAGAUAUUUAACUAGGAAGGCUACAAAGAUUGAAAUGCAUUGGGCGUCAAGCUGCACUGUUCUCCUGGAACACAAUAUCGCUUUAGUGUUUAUGAAAGUACAGACGUAGCGGAACGGAAAAAUACUCAAGGAUUUACUCAACGUCAACGAGGAACUUAAAUGUACAUCAGAUGGUACCUUCAGGAGCAGUGGCGCAGUGGAUGACAAGAGCAUCAACUGCCUGGGAAAGUGAGGACCCCUGCUCACAUCUCACUGCGGAAGUACUAAUCGUGUCGGGAUUAUUGCCAGCAUUGGAGUUAGUGGUGUUGACCCGUUUUGUUUUUUUUGUUCGCUCCGAGGUGUGGAUCCCCUACUGAUUUUGAGCUACUUCUUUUGGUUGUAAAGUGCAAAAGGGAUGAAGCAUCCUGUGCACAGACCCUGAGCUGUCGUCACGCCCUACACUGUGUCCUUGCCCAUGGGACACAGUGACCAUGCUGACCGAGUGUCCAACACCAGAAGGAACAGAGCACCGACCCGCCCUAAGGCCUGCUGUGACCUCUGCAGCACCAUGUCUCAAGCAGUCGCAGCUGCACUCCAGGCUAACAGCUCGCAGUCUGGAGAAGCACCUGGGGAUCAGCUGAAAUGGGCUGCCCUGCUUAUUGUCAUGGUCAUCGUCCCCACUAUUGGAGGAAACAUCCUGGUCAUUCUUGCCGUGUCACUUGAAAGAAAGCUGCAGAACGCCACAAACUACUUUCUAAUGUCACUUGCUGUGGCUGAUCUGUUGGUGGGACUGCUGGUGAUGCCCAUUGCCCUCAUCACGGUUCUCUACAACUCUGACUGGCCUCUUCCGGAGCCCCUCUGCCCCAUUUGGCUGUUCCUCGAUGUGCUGUUUUCUACCGCAUCCAUCAUGCACCUAUGCGCCAUUUCACUGGAUCGCUACAUUGCCAUCAAGAAACCAAUCCAACAUAGCCAGUACAAAUCGAGAGCCAAAGCGAUGGUGAAGAUUGCACUAGUGUGGCUCAUAUCGAUUUGUAUUGCAAUCCCGAUUCCGAUUAAGGGGCUUAGGAACAACCAUCUUCCCAACAACGUCACCUUCAACAGUAACCACACAUGCAUGCUGAAAACAGACACCUUCCAGGAGUUUAUCAUAUUUGGCUCCUUGGCGGCAUUCUUCAUCCCUCUGACCAUCAUGAUGGUCAUCUACCUACUUACUGUCCAGGUUUUGCGCAAAAAGGUUUAUUUGCUCAGGUCAAAGGUGACUCAGCGCUUCAGCUACCCGACAGUCUCCACAGUCUUUCAAAGAGAACAGGCUAUGACUCCACCGCUAGCAAAGCAACUUCACAAUCUGGACAGCAGACUUCCCAGGAUGCAAGAACAAACAUAUGCAGAUACAACAAACUCUCCUACAAGAGAUGAAAUAGCCUUUCGGAGGAUGUCAACAAUGGGCAAGAAGUCGAUGCAGACUCUGAGCAAUGAGCAGCGCGCCUCAAAGGUUCUAGGCAUCGUCUUCCUCCUGUUCGUAGUCAUGUGGUGCCCUUUUUUCAUCACUAACAUCACCUCUGCGCUAUGCACCAGCUGUGAUGUUCAUGUAAUAUCUCGCCUCAUGGAGAUCUUUGUUUGGGUGGGUUAUGUGUCAUCAGGCAUCAACCCGUUGGUCUACACUCUAUUCAACAAAACUUUCAGGCAAGCGUUCACUCGUUACAUGACCUGUAAUUACGAAAGCACUGCUAGUCAUGGUCCAGGAAGGCACCUAAGGGCAUCAAAUGCAGAUCGGACCUUUACACGGAUUUCAUUCAGAUCUUCUGUGGCAGAAAACUCUAAACUGUUCAUGAAGCGGGGAAUGAAGAAUGGCAUUGGAGCAGUUAGCUACCAAAGUCCACUGAGGUGCCGGCAAGCACCUGUACAGUCAUCCAGUGGUGUUUUGCUAGACACAAUGCUUCUGACUGAAUAUGAAGGUAAUAAGCAGGAAGAACAUGUCAGCUGUGUAUAAAAUCACCAGACAAAUUAAUCCAAUAAAAAAAAAAAGGGAGCACUUUAAAUGAAUCAGAUUUAUAGUGUGACUUUUUUUUUAAUCUCUUUAAAGAUGGAGCCUAGUCCCACAACUACCAAACCAAAAAGGCAUGAUUCUGAAGCUGCCGUUACUAUGAAUUUGUUUGACAAACAGUUUAAUGGCAGUUCUUACUGUACACUAUCCCACAACAAGAUCCAACCUGUUGUGGUCUGCUGAUGAUUAUUUGUAUCAGUAACGUCUUUUACCAAAAAGUAAAAUAAGGCAUUAUUUUAAAUCAUGAUCAUUUCAGAAACAAUUUAAAUCCAAAAGUCAAAAUCCACUGUUAAAUAUGUAAUUAUAGGGUGGAAAUAUUUCUUACUGGGCCUUUAACAAAGGCCAAUUUAAUAAUGUGAAUUCUCAAAGAAAACAAGACAGUGAAUAGCAUACAAGAAGAGAGUUUGAGUUUUCAAACGUCAUAAAACCCUGUGAUGACCUGUAACAGGUCCACUAGAAAAGGAAAACACAGUAGUAUGAUGUCGUCUAUGAAAGGUCAAAAGUCAAAUAUAGUUCUGACCGCCAGACAAAGAUGUUAGGAAUGAAGACAUAAUGAUAACCUGGAAAUUCUCUGUGAAUGCAGACAUACAAUGUAUUCCUAUGCGGAUCCUUUCUAGUUGGGCUAUUUAAAUAGGCUGUUAACCAUCUCAAACCACAUGUUUAUAUAUAAGACAAACCUAACUCUAUCUUUCAAAUCUUUUCUGCAACAGACACGUAAAAUACAUUGCACUCUUGAAAUGAUACUUAUUGUAUUUGCUGGACUUUUGAGAAGCACUCUUGUAUGUGUAUUGCUGGCUGAUGUUUUGACAUGUUAGAAGGUUUCCAAAUAAA